AGGCUUGCUUCAUACUGUACUCUUUAGUUUGAAUUCGGGACCAGAACGAGUGUGCAUUGUUGAUAUGCUUCCUCUUUUACGCUCUACGAAAGCACUUAAACCUCAACGAUGUCUAGCAGUAUCUCCAAAGCGGUUCUCGCAUAGCAUCUCGGACCACUGUGAUAUCGUCAUCGUGGGAGGAGGCCCAGCUGGCCUUGCGCUUGCAACAGCACUUGAUCUCUGUAUACAGGCUCGUGUCGAAAUAUCCAAGCAUCACUGCGCGUGGUUUUGGUAGAAGCAAGUGACUUGUCCAAAGUGAAGCAAUGGUCAUUACCUGAAGGUUAUUCCAACCGUGUUAGUUCAAUUACGAACGCGUCUCGAGGUUUCUUGCAAGAUAUUGGAGCAUGGCCAAUGGUAGAAGUGAGUCGAACUGGGCCAGUAGAGGAGAUUCAGGUAUGGGACGGUGUCUCGGACGCGCGAAUCACUUUCUCUGCUUCAGAAAUGCUUCCUGCUCAGUCAACUGUGGAACUAUCACGACUCACGGAGAACCUAAACUUGCAAAGGGCCCUUCUACACAGGCUUUCCUCCCUUGGCGCUGUGGAACUUGUAGAUCGCGUUAAGGUCCAAUCCAUUAUUCAGGAAAAUACUGAAGGGUCUACUUGGCCGCUCGUGCAUCUUUCUGACGGCCGAGUUAUUCGCACUCGACUUCUUGUCGGUGCCGAUGGUCCCAAUUCUCCUGUGCGUACAUACGCAGGAAUCAAAUCCUAUGGUUGGGCCUACGAUACCCACGCCAUUGUCGGAACACUUUACCAUGCACCUCGUGGUCCAUAUUCAUCUCCCAACACAACAGCCUAUCAGCGUUUUCUCCCUACUGGCCCUAUAGCAUUCCUCCCGCUGUCUGAAACAGCGUCUUCCUUGGUGUGGUCAACGAAACCACCCCUUGCCGCUGCCCUUAAAGCUGUUGAUCCGUCGGUCCUAGCUGCGAUGAUCAACGCAGCCUUCCGUUUACCCGAAGUCUCAAUGCGUUAUUUGCAUUCUCGUAUUGUAGAAGCUCAAGAAAGGGGUUCUCCAAUCACUCUCGACGAAUUGCGCGAAGAGAUUGCUUUCCGCGAGAGAUCGCAUGCAAUCGAUUCUCAUUCAGCCUAUUCAUCUCUUGUGGUCCAACAAGAUACAUCUGGCAUCCCACCGGAAGGCGCUGAUGGCCUACCCCCUCUUGUCACGUCCAUUCAACCUGGUACUAUUGCAUCCUUCCCACUUCGAUUCUCUCAUGCCGAAUCCUACAUUGGCGAAGGAGCAGGAGCUCGUACUGUGCUUGUCGGAGAUGCUGCACAUACUACUCACCCUCUUGCCGGCCAAGGUUUAAACAUGGGAUUGGCUGACGUUCGGGCUCUUGCUGAUUGUAUUAGCCAGGCAGUUUCUCGCGGACUUGAUUUAGGUUCUUACACCGCUCUACUGCCUUAUUCUCGCAAUCGUUACCUAGAGAAUCACAAGAUGCUUGCAGCAGUGGACAAACUACACAAGUUGUACUCUACCACUGCCGAGCCUGUCGUCUGGGCACGUUCAGUAGGGUUAGAAGUGAUCAACGAAUUGGACACAAUCAAGACGGCUCUAAUGAUGUCAGCGGGAAGUCGCACACAGACAAACGCGGGCCAGUUAAGCUGGGGACUUGCUGCGAAAGGCGUUGAAAGUGUCGCAAGAAGCAUCGGUUCUGCUCGAUCGUUUGGGGAGGGUAUUGCUGGAAUGGCUAGUGCAGGGCUUCAGCAGCUGGCUAGACAAAUCACGAACCCUAGGCAAUAGAAAUAGGCUUUUUUUCGUGCCGGUUAGUUAGUGCUAUGCGAAUACAGAUUUAGAAGCUGCCCUGCCAGGCGAAUGUACUAUGCAGUCCGAUUUGUACGCUACGAGAAUUGGGCUGGCAUCCGGUGAGG